CGGGCGGGCGGCGAGAGAGUCGCGGCUGCCGCCACCUUCCGCACACCAGCAGCAGCAGCGGCAGCAGCGCGGGGCUCUGCGGAGCGGCGGGAGCGCCAAUGCCCGGACCGACCCAAGCCCUGUCCCCAAAUGGCGAGAACAACAACGACAUCAUUCAGGAUAACGGGACCAUCAUCCCCUUCAGGAAGCACACGGUGCGAGGGGAGCGCUCCUACAGUUGGGGAAUGGCGGUCAACGUGUACUCUACCUCUAUAACCCAAGAGACUAUGAGCAGACAUGACAUCAUCGCAUGGGUUAAUGAUAUAUUAGCUUUAAACUACACAAAAGUUGAACAACUCUGUUCAGGAGCAGCUUACUGCCAGUUCAUGGACAUGUUGUUCCCAGGGUGCAUUAGCUUGAAGAAAGUAAAGUUUCAAGCAAAGCUGGAGCAUGAGUACAUUCACAACUUCAAACUUCUGCAGGCGUCAUUUAAAAGAAUGAAUGUGGAUAAGGUAAUUCCUGUGGAAAAACUGGUCAAAGGGCGCUUCCAAGACAACUUAGAUUUCAUUCAGUGGUUUAAGAAGUUCUUUGAUGCUAACUAUGAUGGGAAGGAGUAUGAUCCUGUGGAAGCUCGACAAGGCCAAGAUGCUCUUCCUCCACCGGAUCCUGGUGAACAGAUCUUCAACCUGCCCAAAAAGUCUCACCAUGCAAACUCUCCAACUGCAGGUGCUGCUAAAUCCAGUCCAGCUUCUAAACCAGGAUCAACACCUUCUCGCCCAUCUUCAGCAAAAAAAGCUGCACCCAGCAGCUCAGCAUCCAAAUCAGAUAAAGAUUUGGAAACUCAAGUCAUACAGCUCAGCGAACAGGUACAUUCGUUAAAACUUGCACUUGAAGGUGUGGAGAAGGAAAGGGAUUUCUACUUUGGCAAAUUAAGGGAGAUUGAACUUCUCUGCCAGGAACACGGGGGAGAGAAUAAUGAUCUUGUCAAUCGGCUAAUGGAAGUCCUUUAUGCUUCAGAAGAACACGAGAGCCACACAGAUGAUCAUGAAGGUGAAGAGCAAGUCCAUGAACAGCCCCAGCAGCAGGAUGAGUACUGACUCGUGCAGCAUCUCUGACAAUUUUCGUUUUGUGUUAGAACUUUCUUCUGGAAAAUGGAACAUGUGCGGCCUCAAACUUGAAAUCAGUUCACUCCCAGUCUGCCAUUAACGUUUAUGUACCAUAGUGAGUGCCAGCCAACCACUGCAUUCUGUACCAAUACUUUGCCAAGAUGCAUUUGCAGACGUCCUCUUUCAGUGUAUCUUCCCAAGAGGUUGUAGGGCUACAUCACCUACUGUGCAUCACUGCAACUUCACCACUUGGCUGCUUGAGAUUUGUUCUGCUCUUUAAAAAUAUAUAUAUUUAUUUUUUUUCUUUUUCGUCUUAAGUAUGAUACACUUGUAACUUGUUCUAACAUAUUUAUAUUGGCAUUUUGUGUGGCAAGAAGUUCCGUACCACUAGCUGUGUUUCUCACUUUGUGGUGCUUUUGCGUUUUCUAGUACAUCUGCCUUGGGGCAUAAAUUUGGUCAAACAAUUGGAAUAAAGGGAUACAGUGGAUGUCAUACUCAAGCCAUAACGAUGAGGUGUGUUGUGGAAGAAAAUGCUCAUGUUUCUCAUGUUUAUUCCUUUCCUGCCUUCACAGGCAGAGCAUCUGUUUCAAUGGGAGAUUUAAACCCCUAUGUUAGAAAGCUGCAUGGUAUGUUUUUUGGCUUAUUUCUGGAGGAACAGACAUCCACUUAAGUUUUUUGAAAACCCUCCCAGUUUCCUGACUAGUAAACAGACAUUUCCCAGCUUUUCUUCCUUCCUGAGGAAUCCAGUCCCGGCCUCCAGCUGCAGCUCUGCCUCCACAGAGCUCAGUACUGAUGAAGGAGAGAAAUCUCCUUGACACAAGUGUAGAUGCAGGACAUGAUUUCUGCCAUCAUCCUUGGCUUCCCACCCCUCAGAAAAGGACAAAGUAGGCCAGCCAUUUCAUUUUGCUUUCUUUUUCCCCUUCACUGCCCCAUCCAUAAAAGUAUGGAAGACAGAAAUUUUCUCACUAGUGCAAGGUAUGGGGAAAAACCAGCAACAGCUGAACCCCUCCCCAAACUCUAUGUAAGUGAGUGAUGGACACCUCACGGGUUUGAGGCUGCUUCCAAAGCAUGGAGAGGCAGUGAGGAGUCCUGGAGACAGGGCACACAUAAGAGGGGGACCAUCUAACUUAAGGGGACAGAGCAGCUUCUGCUCUGGGCUGACCUUCCUUCAUCAAGGCCCUGAAGAUGUCUGCAGUGAGAGUGUUCCCUUCCAGUGUGGUCCCAUGACCCUGUUCUAAAUGAUGGUAUUUUAUAAACAGUGGUAUCUUGGAGUAUAUAAAGCAUUCCUUGUUCUUCUCAUAAAACUGUGUGUUGUAGUCUCUCUGAUUAUUUAAUGCUUGGUAUUCUUGGUAUUCACUUGAUCUUCUGAACUGGAGAUUGCUAUGCUGAUUUAGCAGGUACGUGGAAAUCCCAUCCCAAUUGGCAUUCACUGAAAAACUCCAAAGCCUGUUGAACAGCUAAAUCAUUUUAGAUGUUCAUAGGCUCCUAAAGUGUAAGUUCCCAGCUUAUGGUUCCAUGGAAAGGUUUUCAAUUAAUCAACCCCUGGGCACACACACAAGCAUGACACAUGCAGUUUUCCAUUCCUAAUCAAUCUUUUGCAGCUAAGUGGCUCUUAGUUAAGUGUGAGAACCCUGCUGUUGUGUUGCACCACCGAAAAUAUAUAAAAUACUGUUAAGCACUAGAACAAGUAUUUCCAGUUCCUUAAUCCUCCCCCUGCACAGCAGAAGAGUUUCUGGACCCUGCAGGCUGAAGUUUUGCUAGCCCUGCAAUCCAGUAUUGACCUCACAUCCUACUAGGUGAUGAGGUCAAAGUACUUGCAACCUGCAGGCCAGCACUUUCCUCUCCCGUUUCAAUUGGUUAAAAAUAAGGUCUGGUUUAAUUAUUUAAAAAAUGUGUAUAUUCCAAAAUAAGUAUUUCCAAGAAUCACCACAAUGGGGGAAUUGUCAUUUUUGUUGUAUUUGUGUUUAUUAGAACAUAUGUACUUAUUACAAUUGUCAUUGUAAUAAAUGGUAGUUCUUCAUAAUACUGUUGAAGAGCAGUUACUAAUUUUUUUUCCAGAUUCCAGAAUGUCCUUUAACCUAUACGGGAUCUCUGAUGGGGCAAGGAGUUUGGGAUCAGGCUAUAAACCUAAUUUCAUCAGCAUCAGUCUCUGCUUACUGCCAUUCAUCCUUCUGCUAAUACUUGAGCAGAUGCAUGGAGAGCACUUCAAGGGAAAACAUUUUUCUAAAGGUGCAAAUGGUUGGGGUUGCUGAGCUCCCUGGACGAUUCAUAGCCAGGCUGUUGUGCCUCUCUCCUCUUCUCUCUUUUGAAGCACGUAUUAAAAAAAAAAAAAGAAAAUUUU